CUUCAGAGCCAUUAUGGAGCCGAUCACACAGGCGAAGGUGAUAGACCUCUCGUCUAAAUUGCGGGACGAGUGGUCCGCGAAAUACGUCCACACGUCUGGCGGAUUAGAAAAACUAUAUCAAUUUGAGCGAUUGGUUUCUACUCAGGCCUCCCCGUCCUACUUCGUUCGGUUUUUUGACACCGCUAGAGAGGCGGAGGGAAUACCAGAACGAGAGGCACUAGCUUUGAUGCUGGUAAGAUAUGUGAAAUCUUCACCGGGGAACAAAAAACAAAAAGGAACUGAGCGCGAUUUCCGUGUGCGCGCAAUGUUCUAUCUGGACAAAGUUUCUGGUUCUCCAGAAGCAUAGGUCUAAACCAGGCAAAAUUAGUCUCGAACACGUCUUCUAGAUGGUGAUUCGAGUGGCCAAUUUCGUUGCAGAAGUGACAGUGUUCGGGUGCUUUGCAGAAGUGACAGCGUUGUGCCGCACUUUCCGGCUUUGUGCCGCAUUUGCAGAACGGAAUUCCAUGAGUGAAAAUGGAGUAAGACGUUUUUAAUGUGACAUCUUCAACUCCAAAUCCAUGAUCUUCUCUUGCCAAUGAGGUGCCAUUCCCCCUUGCCGAUCCGGUUAUCCGAAUCUCCAAUAUAAUGUUGUUUUGCUUCGGUUGUUUCUUUAUAAUUUAUCUUGUUUCUAGUCAAGCUGCUCAUGCGUGCGUCUCAACAUCAUAGUCGUGGGUAAGGGUAUGCUCGAAGUAGGUAGACUGUCUGCAUCAGCAUCAACUUAGCUCCACUCGAAGUAACUUCCUACACUUCCACAAUUCUACAACGUCAUGGUUUCUUUGCUCUAAGUACUAACUUCCAGCUCCGGUACUUAAAGUAAGGACUGGAUACAACAUAUGUAUAUGACGCUUCUCUUACUUCGGGUAAAACAUAACGCGAACAAAAUAAAGUAGAAAAUACAAUAACAUGUCCUCGUCCACCUCCUCCUCGUCUUCGGAAAUGCAACCUUGCCAUUCCUCUACUGCCCUCUUCGAGGUGCACAGCCUUCCAUUUCAUAUCGAGCACGACGGAAGCUGCCCAGUAAGCAAGUACUUCCUUGUGGGAGGUGGAGUGGAAAGUGGAGACGGCAAGAACAUCUUGAGCAAGAACAAUGGGAACGAUGUGGUGAAAAAAGAAUCUUCUUCUGGCGAGGAAAGUGAGACCGCUGCGCCAGAGAUGAAGAAAGCGGUAGAUCAAGUAGUAGUAGUAGAGGAAGGUACUUCUACUAAAAAGGUGGACCAUGAUUCCUCAUUACCUUCAUCAAAGCAAGCUGCAUCAUCUAUAAUUAGUUGUACAACUUCUACAUCGUCUGCAAAGGAGCAGAUGCCUACAUCAUCAGCAUCCUCAACAGAAGUCAUAUCCACUUUCCGCGGUCGCGAACUGAAGGGUGAGCAGAUGGAUGUUGCUUCAGAUGGGAAAAUGAAAGCCUAUGUGUUGAAGAAAAACGACAGCCAAACCCAAAUUGGGCAUCAAACCCAAAGUCAAGGGAACUGGCAGAUAGAGGGUAAAGUGGGAUCACUCACGUUUUGGAAUUCAGGUCGAGCAGUCGCAGAAACGGAUGAACUACCCCAGCUCUUGCAAUGGAUGAAUACAAUCGCGCCUGCGAUACAUGGGUGAUGAAGACUGUGAUGAUGUUGUUGGAGGAACUCAGAAUAUCAACAGAUGGGUCUUUAGCCCAAUGAACACAUCGUGGGUAAGAAAUGUAUGAUGUAGUUCGUCAUCUUGAGAGAUCUAUAUUAUAAGAACAUCAAAAUGCUGCAAUUUAAGAAAUGGACUUGUGAAAGAAUAAGACCGCAAUGUCUGAAUGAAUGAAUGAAUGUCUACUGUAGACAUCAGACAAGAGAAAAGAAAAAGCAACCCUCCAUGCAGCAGGAGUGAGUACUGCAUUGCGUG